UCAGUGCAAUCCACUUCCGCUUGCAAUGUUUUGCUGCCAAGAUGUCCAGCUACGCCAGGGUGAUUCACUACGCCACGAGUGUGCUGUGCAGCAACAAAGGCGCCAUGGUGCUGCUGCAGCUGCACAGGAAGGUCUUCCAGCGCUUCGACAUCACCGAGGAGGAGUUCUGGUACAUCGUCAAGAAGUGUCCCCGCUUCGUGGUGGUGAGGAACAGGGAGGGCACGGACGACUGGGGCUCCGACUGCACCGUGGUGGCCAAAACAUCCCUGCGCCUGUGCAAAAACUACACCAAACAGCACUGUGCCGACUGCCAGGAGCUCCACCUGUGCAAGUACUUUGUCUAUGGAAACUGCCGCUUCGGGAAAGGCAGGAAACAGUGUAAGUUCUCCCAUGAUAUAGGAUCAGAGCACAACCACCCUCUGCUGAGAGAGUGCACCCUGCAUGAGCUCACCGAGGAUGACCUGUUUCUGCUACUGCUUCAGAACGACCCCUCCCUGCUGCCCGAGGUGUGCUCUCACUACAAUAAGGGCACCGGGCCGUACGGUGCCUGCACCUUCCAGGAAAACUGCACCAAGGUGCACAUUUGCAUGCACUACAUUCAGGGCGACUGUAUGUUCGGCCACAAGUGCAAGCGGCAGCACAUCAUCGACCAGCAUGGCCGCCGCAUGCUGGAGGACCGAGGCCUCAGCGGGGAAAUCAUCCACGACCUGCCCUUCAUUUACCAGAACAUCCACCACCUCACCACACCCACACCCUACUCACCCCGAGAGAGUGUGCCUGACCUGCUCUCCAAGCCUGUCAGUCAGACAGAUGAGAGGGAGGAAAUCUGUCUACAUUUCAUCCGCAGGAGCUGUCGUUUCCAGGACAAGUGCAUUCGCAUACACUUCAACCUGCCCUACAAGUGGGAGGUGUUUGAGGGUGAUUCAUGGAGGGACCUGAGGCAUAUGGAGGACAUUGAGCGAGCAUUCUGUGAUCCACGCAAAUCAGAGAGCCCAGGCACGCGGUCCGUAGACUUCCUGACCAUGAUGCGGGAGACAAACCCCGUUCGCCGUCUCUCCACAGUUUCCUCAGUAACUAAGCCGCCUCACUACAUCCUGACGACUGAAUGGCUGUGGUACUACAAGGGUGACCACGAGAACUGGGUUGAGUACGGACAGCCUGAUGACAAGCAGCGCACAACAUCAGUGACUUCCCGGGAUCUGGAGGAGGCGUACACGGCCAACCCGUCAGCUGAAGUUAAAGUCGUAAAGGGCCACCGGCAGUACUAUCUCAGCUUCCAAGACAUGUAUCAGCGAAACCCGAAACACAACACGAAGAGGAAAGUGAGGCGCCGACCACGCUUUGUCUCCAUCACAGAGGUGGAGAAACAGAUUGCUCGGUAGAGAGAAACAACCGCCAGUAACCGUCUGUUACAGUCUGAAUGAACGAGUGCCUUAUUCCUGGCCGCCUAUCUGGAAUGACUUUUUUCCCUGCAUUAGAUCUACCUACUGUACCUCUGAGCCAUUUCAAGAAUUACUUAACUCCUCUAGCUAGCCUUGACUAUGUUACUGUAACAAUGUUUCUGACAUGGAUGGAUUUGUUACACAUUUAAAUGAUUUUUUUUAUUAUUAUUUUAUUAUCAUUUUGUGUUUUUUGUGAUGUUACCAAAGUGGAGGCCUCUGAGAGCUCAAUGGCAGCAAACUGACAGUGGAACGAUGGAUCGGAUGCUUCAUUGAAGCUCUUUGUGUUAUUACUCCAGAAAGUAUGAGAAAACAUGUCUGUCAUUUUCUUACUUGAUUCAUGAACACCCCAUAUCAUACAAGUAAGUGAUGGAAAAGAAAGAUGUCUGUAAAUCUGUACACUUUUUUUUUUUUUUUACAUGUGAGCAUAAAUGGAAACCUGUUUGGUUGUAUUCCAGAAAUACAAAGUUUUCCUAAGCA